CCCAAAUUCCAAUUGAUCCCAGUGCGGAGAGGAGAGCCCAUGUUACACUACGCUGAACUGUGGGAGACAGCGAGAGAGAGAGAGAGAGAGAGAGAGAGAGAGGUAGAGAGACACCGGGCAACAACUGUGCAGCCAAGGAGACCACAGAAAAACUCCCACUCUGGACUUUUCCAAAUCCCCCCACUCUGCACAGAGAGGAGAGGAGAGAAAGAAGCAGCAGGGACAAACAAAAGCAUUCUUGGCUUUCAGUUUAAAGGAAGAAGGGGAGAAAAAAAAAUUGAACAAUACCUUGGUCGAGAUCAUUUACUUUGAGAUACAAAUUGAAGGAGAAAGGCGUGACAGGACGGCGUCAGUCAGCAGUCACACUCCGGGUUUAUCAUCUGGGAAAACAUCUCUAAACAUACAUAUUAACGGAUGAUAGAAACAUCUGGCAGAGGAAACGAGCACCAAACAGGAUGAGAGCAACGAUGAACACCACAUGGCUGAUGGUGCUUUCAGUCAGCUUCCUACUUCACAGCGUCUGUUCACAGAAUGCUACUGCCGAUAUAACCCACAAUCCAAACUCUACUUCCAAUUCGAGCCAAGAAGAUGAUGCAUCAACAACCAACAAAACUGUUCCAACCAUUACGGUGGGCACUAACCCUACCACCACUGCAGUAACCAUCCAAACACCAGCAACCGUCCCUAUCUCAAUAACGGUUCCUAGCCAACCACCUGUCCUCCCUACUACUACUGCUACUCCUACUGCUGAUGCUACCAACAACCAACCCGCUACCCCUGCCCCUGCCCCUGCCCCUGCCCAUACCCCGACUACAUCACCUGGCAGCAGCAGUUCCAUGAAUCCUGCAACAACGCAGGCGAAGACAACGUUAACUGAUAAAACCACCUUGGCUCCAGCGACUGUCAUGACAAUGAAGUCCGACACGACGGGUGAUGUUACACCAGGACAAUCCACACCUUCCACCAUUGUUACAACAAGUUUAGGGGUAAAAACUGGGACAUCCGAAAGUGGCACAACGGAGACAACAACCCAAAACCAACAAACAACUAAGACCACAGACCUGGCUGGGAAGUCAGAAAUCACCGCCGCCACCCCCUCCACCCCCUCCAACCCCUCCACCACCCUUUCCGCCACCACCAGCGCCACCGCUCCCGGUGCUCCCGCCGCUACAGCCGCUCCCGGCGCUCCCGCCACUCCCGCCGCUACCGCCGCUCCCACCACUACCGCCACUGUCGCCACCCAGACCAGCAGGACAGCAACACAGCCUGCAGCAGUAACCAUUUCACAAAAUGCCAGCACCAUCAUAAACACAACGACCAUAGCAACUCCCUUUGAAAAGUUUGAGUAUUCUCUAAACAAUGGAGAAAAGAAGGAGGGCGAGGAAAAGAUCCUGGUGCAGUUGUGCAAGCGGCUGUUUACACAGCUGAACUUGAAAGAUGGAAACUGCAGUCUGACAUACAAGAAAGACCAGGACAAACAUGAGUUAGGCUCAGUGGAGAUAAGAGGCACAGUGAAGGAAGACAUUGCUGCCCAGUAUUACAAAGAAAUCACCAAGGAGAAAGCAACAGAUAGCAAAACUCUGAUUGCCAUCCUGGCCUCCUGUGGAGCUCUGCUGAUCAUGAUCGUCAUCCUCGCCGUGUGCGCUUCCCACCACCGCAAACCGUACAAUGAGAACCAGCAACACCUGACGGAGGAGCUGCACACAGUGGAGAACGGUUACCACGACAACCCCACGCUAGAGGUGAUGGAAGUGCAGCCGGAGAUGCAGGAGAAGAAGAUGGCGCUGAACGGCGAGUUCAACGACAGCUGGAUCGUCCCCAUUGACAACCUCCUGAAGGAAGACAUACCCGACGAGGAGGACACCCACCUGUAGGGACGAGUGGGGACAGAGGAGAAACUGAAACUGCACCCACCCGCCUUCCACUCCUGACCCGGGGUCCUUGUCUCUGUAGCCAGAGAAGACUUUCUCAGAUAGAAACACAUCCUACAGAACAACCAAGCCACUAUAUUCACCUUCAUUAUCUGCUCUAUGUGAUGUGUUUCUGCUGUGUUUUGGUAUGAAAAAGAAAUGAGGAUAAAAAAAAAUUUAACACCUUGAGGAAUGAAACCAAUGAAAUCAUAUGAAGUGGCUUCGGAAAAAGAAUGGACAUUGAAGAAUUAACUAAAUCCAUCAAUAAUGUGCCUUUAACGUUGGUUUUACAGAAAUAUGUGAUAUCUCUCACUUCCUACAGAGCACAAUUGAAUUUUUUUUGUCAUCAUAAAAUUUCCCCAAAAAGAAAAUUGCGCAGGUAGGAUAUUUUUUUUUGCCUUUUCUCUUCAUGUACUCAACAAGAGAAAGUGGAUUUGUACACGAGCACCUGUAAAUAGAGUAUUUUUAUAUAUUACUUUCCUCUGAGAGCUGUGAUCUCAUAAACUUGUGGCUUUGCGUCAUCAUGUGGCUCCAGGGGUCUGAGAGAGAGGAUGAAGAUCAGAGAGGUAGCAUCGACGUCAGCUGCCUUGGCCGAUCUAGAGUUACUAACGUAGAUAGAUGACCUCAGGAUUCUUCAAAGCGUCCUGGUGAUUUUCCACGAGUACGUGUCAGAUCUGAGAAACAUGCCAGUGGUUGUACAGGCUGUGCUGGUACAACUGAGCAUUAAGCUUACUGCUCAAGGCUGAGUUUGAAAGAAAUCAAAACAAAUGAAGGUUUUUUAUUCAAAAUGCCAAGAGCCACGUUUAGCAUGAGAAGUGGACAGAAAUCAUUACCUGUUUCCUCUCUGGCCUUUCAAAAAAGAAGAAAAUCCUUCAGUGUUCUUCAAAAAAAAAAAGCUUUGUAUUCAUUAAUAAAAACAUAAUGCCACAUUAUUUCAAUGCCUUACUUCAGAACUUAAAGGAUAAUUCCAGUUUGUUACAUCUUGGGUCUUAUUUGUGUUGAUUAAGAUAACACUGUACUGACCAAAGUAGUGUUGUGAUGUGGGAAGACGCCAACAUCGCUAGGACUAGGCUUGGUAUCAGUACUCGAUACCUUUAAGGUAUUGACCAAAAUAAAUCGGUACCAAAUAGUAUCGAAAUGUCUCCCGUCAAAUGAUACCUGCAAUCGAUCCUUUUUGCACCCAGACCUAGAAAAUAUGACUUGAGAAUAUGACUUGAGAAUAUGACUUGCUCACAGCCAAUCAAUGCAAGCGUUCUUGGAUUUAAUGGGAUGUGAUUGGCCCACUGCCACAGCAGCUACAGCAGUUCAGCAGCCAAGAUGCCACCUAAACGCUCUAAAGUGUGUCUACCCUACACGCCAGUUGCACUGGAUAAAAGCAAGUGUACUGAAUGUGUAAUGGGUAUCUAAUGAAGUACUCGGUUGGUAUCGGUAUCACAGAUUGGUACUGGUGUGGUAAUUUUUAAAACGACCCAGCCCUAGCUACAACAAAGUCUAACAGGACAAGAAACAUAAGCAGUCAGACUGUUAUACGACAGUUCAGCCUGAUUAUAUAUACCCUACUAGAUUUGGAGGUGAAAGAAACACAUGAAAUAUUGAUGAGCUCUCUUUGAACAUGAACGUUGUGAGCAAAACUAGGGCUAGUACAGCAGGUCAAAGUUGAACCAGGGUCCAUUAAACAAAAGUGAAGAUUGCAAAUUGUGGCACAGACUCACGCACGUUUUGCAAAUCCGCUGCUCGAUUUGAUUAGUGAAACUGUCAACAGUUAAGGGUGCAGUAUGUAGAAUUUAGUAGCAUCUAGCAGAAU